AUUUCCGCUGACGUCACCGCGUCACGUCCAUAACAGCGCUGCAGCUGUCUGAGAGCAACAAUAACAAGAAGCUCUGCUCAACUCCAACACGGCUUUAACGCUUUAACACCAACACCGAACCCACCACCAUGAGGCCGUCGGUGUAACCGGAACCACCGGGUCGAACCACCUCACGGAGGACCAGAGCCAGAACCAGCUGGAGGUUCGGGUCUGAUCUGGGUCAGCGGGCCUGUUGGAGGCUGGUUGCUGCAGUGUCAGUCCUUUAUAUAGAUAGAUAUAAAUAUAUAACCCGGUACCAUGCAGGCUAACGGCUCCGGUCAGGAUCCGGAUCCAGAAGAAGACAAAGUGUCCUCCUGUCGGAACGGCUCGUCCUCCGGAGUCUCUCACUCCAACGGACUCCAGUCUGUCUCCAACAAUGGAAACCCUGUCAGCAGCAGCAACAACAACAACAACGGACUGCCGGCGGCCCAGCCGGAGUCCAACAACACCAACAACACCAACAACAGCACCACGGAGACAGCGGAGACAGGGGAGACAGGGGACAACAAUAAGAAGAAGAAGCGUCUGUCUCAGUCCGAGGAGGACGUCAUCAGGCUGAUAGGACAACAUCUACACGACCUGGGGCUCAAUCAGACAGUGGACCUCCUGAUGCAGGAGUCCGGCUGCAGACUGGAGCACCCCUCUGCCACCAAGUUCCGCAAUCAUGUCAUGGAAGGAGAGUGGGACAAGGCUGAGAGUGAUCUGAAUGAGCUGAAGGCAUUGAUGCAUUCUCCAAGUGCUAUAGUGCGGAUGAAGUUCCUGCUGCUGCAGCAGAAGUAUCUGGAGUAUCUGGAGGAUGGAAAGGUCCUGGAGGCCCUGCAGGUCCUCAGAGCUGAGCUCACUCCUCUCAAGUACAACACCGAGCGUAUCCACAUCCUGAGCGGGUACCUGAUGUGCAGUCACGCAGAAGACCUGCGAGCCAAAGCCGAGUGGGAAGGCAAAGGCACGGCAUCCCGAACAAAGCUGCUGGACAAGCUGCAGACGUACCUGCCUCCGUCAGUGAUGCUGCCUCCUCGCCGCCUGCAGACUCUGCUGAAGCAGGCGGUGGAGCUGCAGAGGGAGCGCUGCCUCUACCACAACACCAAGCUGGACAGUGGAUUGGACUCUGUGUCUCUGCUGCUGGACCACGCCUGCAGCCGGAAACAGUUCCCCUGCUACACUCAGCAGAUCCUCACUGAACACUGCAACGAAGUCUGGUUUUGCAAGUUCUCCAACAACGGCACAAAACUGGCGACCGGCUCCAAAGACACCACAGUCAUUGUGUGGCACGUAGACACGGAGACCCAGCAGUUGAAGUUGAUGAAGACUCUGGAGGGUCAUGCUUACGGUGUCUCGUACCUGGCAUGGAGCCCUGAUGAUGCCUAUCUGAUAGCCUGUGGUCCUGAUGACUGCUCUGAGCUGUGGCUGUGGAACGUACAGACGGGGGAGUUACGAACAAAGAUGAGUCAGUCUCAUGAGGAUAGCCUGACCAGCGUGGCCUGGAAUCCAGAUGGUAAACGCUUCGUCACCGGCGGCCAGAGAGGCCAGUUCUACCAGUGUGACUUGGAUGGAAACCUGCUGGACUCGUGGGAAGGAGUUCGGGUGCAGUGCCUGUGGUGUCUGAAUGACGGCCGGACCGUCCUCGCGUCCGACACCCACCAACGCAUUCGCGGAUACAAUUUUGAGGACCUGACUGACAGAAACAUAGUCCAAGAGGACCACCCUAUCAUGUCUUUCACUGUUUCCAAAAGUGGAAGGUUAGCUCUGCUCAAUGUUGCAACUCAGGGAGUGCACCUAUGGGACCUGCAGGACCGGGUGCUGGUGAGGAAGUACCAAGGGGUGACCCAGGGCUUCUACACCAUCCACUCCUGCUUCGGAGGGCACAAUGAAGACUUCAUCGCCAGUGGCAGUGAAGACCAUAAAGUUUACAUCUGGCACCGGCGCAGUGAGCUGCCCAUCGCAGAGCUGACUGGUCACACCCGCACGGUCAACUGUGUGAGCUGGAACCCCAUCCUGCCGGGAUUGCUGGCCAGCGCCUCCGACGACGGGACCGUCCGAAUCUGGGGACCCGCCCCCUUCCUGGAUGUCCAGGAUGCAGAGGGCCUCAAUGAAUGUUGCAGCAUGGACAGCUGAUGAUCUGCUGCUUCUGUGAAGACUCUGUAGACACUUGAAUGGAUGAAGCAGGAAAAAGCUUUGUGGUCGUCAGACAGCAGCUUCCUGGAGACGGGGGGUCAGUGGUGCUGCAUGUCAGGAUGUCACAAACACACUGAUGUCAGACCCGGUCAUAUUAACGAGAGCAGAGCCAGCCAGACGAAGCCGGGCUCCACGACCUCCAGUAUCUGACCCACCUCGUCCUCCUGUCCGACCCAGUUCCCUCAGUACCAUCCAGGACCACCCGCCUCCUCUUAUUUAUUAUCAACUACAUUAUUUAUUCACGAGUAGUUCACUGACUUGUGCUAUAGGCUGUGACGUAGCGGCGCCUUGUGGAGGGUGUGUGUGUGUGUGUGUGUUUCUGUGAGUCUCAGCUGCUCACAUGAAGAAGCUUGUUUCCUCUUUCACCUCCUGAAGAGAUUUUAACUAUAGGAACCUUUGAUGGAUGCACCCACUUGAAGAGUAUCUUUUAAAUGACAAAUUCUACGUUAUCUUGUUGUUGUGUUUUUUUCAUGCAGAGUACAUUUUAUGAGUUUUUGUUUUCCUCCAGCUUUUUGCUGCUUAUAGCCAGAGAAAGAAUACUAUUUGAUGAGCAUGUUGCGUAGGAUUGCACAGGAUGUUUUACACUCGCAGUAUGUCCUGCUUUAUCUGUUAAAAUAUGUCGAUGCCUUCUAAGAGUAUACGAGCAGCUGAUGUGUGGAAACCUACAGAGUUCAAAGGAUUACUUGUCGACCCUUACCUCUACACACGGUUCACCUGUGCAGUUUCCUUCAUGCCAUCAGCGUGGAUGUUCUCUUUAUUUUGCUCUCUUCACUAUUUGCUAUUUAUUUCUGUUUCCUCUCUAGCCUGUUGCCAUCUUUUCCUGUCUUCAUAUGACUUUCACUUGGUUUGGUUUAGUUGUUACGUGUUUAACUUAUCAUUUUGUUUUUAACUUAUUUGCUUUUUUAUUUACUACAAGUGGAGAUUUAACAUUUAAAGAGACACUCCCUGAUUUGUAACUGUACCCAGUGGAGCCCCCAGAAUCCCGGCUCAGCUGUGAACUGUUUUUAAAAGAUAAGGCUGGUGUUAUUGUUUUAUAUUUCAUAUUAUCAACAACUCCAAUGAGAAGACCAGAACCAACAAUGUGUUCUGACUUCUUUAUCCUGUUUGUGGCUCUCAGCUCCAUUCAGCCCAUUCAGCCCAUUGGUUCCCUGCUGAAGACGUAAAUCUUUAAAGGCUCAGUCAUUUCCUGAAGCGGCUCUUUAAAACGUUAACUCAAACAGGAGGAAAUAGGGACUAUUUUCAGAGGCGGAUUAAUCCCCAUUUGGUGCUCUAGUGAGUAUUAGUGGCAGCAGGACAGGCGUAUGUGGGACUGAGUCAGAAUAAAGUCCAGUGUGAUGAAGGAACAUGUCAGCCAGUGACACAGUGAGGCUCAGUGAUGUGUUUUAAUGGAGCUCUACGGCUCAGAGGAAUACACACAAUACUAGUUUUUUGUUUUGGUCUGUGCAUGAGAUUUGUUCAUGGUGAAAAACAAAAGAAAUAGAAAAUUGCCAGCCAUUACUUCUUUAAGUUCAGCACAUCAGCAGCGAGCUGAGAGGACACGCGGUAAUAACAAUGGAGUGUAUCUGUAUUUGUACUCAAGUGUAACAUAACAUUAUUAUGAAGUGUUUCCCUUCAGAGUCAAAAGAACAAUCUUGCCUAAUAUAAUAUUCUAUGUAAUAUGUGCUGUUAAUAUUUGUAUGUUAUGGCAUGUAUUAUGAGGCUGUGUAGAAUGGCAGACAGGAUGACGUGUGUGUUUCAGGGUUCCCAUGCCUGGUUUUAACCGUCACAUUCAAAAAAAGGUUUCCGACGCUCUCUCUCUCAGAGCUUCGUACCAAAUCGCCGUGACUGCAAAAUAGAAAGCAGCAAGUUUACAUUCACUGUUACUAACACAGACAAUUAGUUUUGAAAUUCACAAACUACAGUGCAGCCAAACUUACAUUUCACUUUCUUCUUUUUGUGACAUUUUUCCAAACUUCUGCUUCUACAGAGAAUUAUUUUUCCAAAAACCUUUCCAGUCCUGGAUGAUAUCUGCAGGACUGUGGGAACCCUGUUUAUCUGCCCAGACGCCAUCACCAGCUUCAACUCUUCCACACACACACACAAACACACUAGUGGUACACAACAAUAGAUGUCACUCACACUUGUUUCAAUCACUGAUGUGGUGUUCUAGUUUUCUGCUUUUGCGAUUUCUCUUUGUUUAUUACGACUAUUUCGGGCUUCUCUUCUUUUCUCUUCUCGCUGUAAGAAGCCAAAGUAGGAACUUUUGUUUGCUUGCAGGCAGUUUCUGCCAGAAACCAUUUUACAUUUUAAAUGUGUUAUUACAAAAAAGUGAUUGUACUGUUGUGUAUCGUCUGUAGGAGAAGUGUUAUGUAUGCAUAUUUUAAAUAAAGCAUUCAGGGUUUUAA